CCCAAUUAAUGCAAAUAAUUCGAUGUCAAUCAAUUGCAAAAAUAACGUCUCAAAACCAAUCAACAAAUUUGGAAAUAACUCCUCGUGCAUUUAAAUUUUCAUCAAAGCUUUAUGAAUUUUCAUUAAUGAAUGCACUUUCAUUUUUUGAAGAAAAAAAAAUAGAACCUAAUAUAGAUGAUAAAAUGAAGACUGGGUUUGACCAGUUUUUAGCAUGUAUGGAUUCAUAUUUAGAUCUAAUUAAAAUAUCUGAAAUAGAUAUCGCUCAAAUUAAGAUAAUAAUAUAUGGAUCAGUAACAUUGGAAAAUGGUGCAAUAAUGCGUGCAAAUAAUAGUUAUCAUCAAAACCCCUGGUUUA